UUGUUAAAGAACAUUGUUCUUGUUGGUGAUUGAUAGCAGAGCUACCUCACCACAUAACUCUCUAGACCUCUGAGAAACAUUACCUUCCUUAUGUCUUAUCUCAUGUACAAUCCUUUAUCGCCUGGGACACAGAAUGCCUCCCAGGGGCAAACUGGUCUCUUCAGUGUGAAAACUGAGAGAGCUCCUUGGAGAACAACACCAAACGUUGGACCUGAAUCCAGCUUUACCUUCCCUGGAGCGUCUUCUGGGACUCCUACCUCGUCUAAGGAAAGAGAAACGAAGCCAUUCUCUUUGCCAAUUAGCAACUACAGGCCUGAAAGCUAUCUGACAAAUUCGCAAAGUACCUUCAACAUUCCCCUCAGAGAGGAGAUCAAACACCAACCUAUAGAUCAGUGUGCUUUCUUUACUAUCGCCCAAAAAGAAACCUCAUCCAUUUCAGCCCCAAAGAUGUCAGCUUCAUAUGGGCAUCAACUGUCGAGCACCAGCUGUAGCUCCUACAACUUUAUGCCAGACCACAAGAGUGCGACCGAAGAUUUCUCGAAAUUGGCAUCAAAUGUGUCUGGUUAUGCCACUCGAGCAGAAGAUCAAAGAGUUUCUUCUCAACCCAGUUACUUUGACUGUAAUCCACAAUUGGCUGGGAACAUUUUAGAAAAUUACGGACUAGAGAAAGAGGACCUGGACGAACUUCUAAAUUACUCUGAAGAGCAGACUACUGCUGAGAACUUGCCCUACCUCUUACAAAGCAUUCGCAUGAAAAAGGCCACGAGGACUGCACCUGGAGUUCGGUCUAACUCCGACUCUAUGACUCGACCCACUGCAAGCACAACAGGAGUAAAUGCGGUGAAUUUUGGAAAGCCAGGAAUAUUUCCGGACAAAAUGUCUUCAUCUACUCUUCUUCAUCCAGUGAAAAUGAUUAAAAAUGAGCAUGCUGCUGCUGGUUCUGCAGAGGUAGAUGCCGCAAUUGGUAGGAACAUUCAGAGGAACUCUUUGCUGAUGGAUAACUUUCAAACCAGCAGUAAAGAGGGGCCACUCCCAACUUUAACUAAAAUAAAAAGUGGUGAUUUGGGUUCUUCAGGUGACCAGAAAGGUUCUUUUGUUGCUGUGCCGCCUCCAAGAAUCAAUCAAACUAGACUGCUUCAAACUCAACCGAACCAGGUGAGUGGAAUGAUCCAUUCCAUUGGUUUUGGACAAACGGGAACGCCCAAUGAUGACCCAAAAAUGAUUAUUAAACCAGUUAAACUGUAUGACUGUGGAUAUACUGGAAAAUCUAUUACAGAUGUUGAGAAUACAUCUGUCAGGAACAUUCACAAUGUAGCUGGGGUUGGUGGAAAGGAUGGCAAAGAAGCACCACAGCUAAGCUUGGCAGAGUUGAAGAACAGCAGUUUGGUUUCUUCAUAUGACCAGAACGUAUCUGCUGCUGGUUUCAACCAACUGAAUGUUGCGGCUUUUCCAAAGAGGAAUGCAGCUGGAAAACAGGAGACCCAGCAAAACCAUAUGGCGCAGUCAGUUCCCCAUCAUGAAAACAGAUAUGCUACAUCCAGUGGUGAAAAUAAAAUUCAAGGGCAAGGAUCAAAUAUUGCAGACUCAACAAUGAAUCUGCAAGUGUUACAGAAAACCAAUAUUCAGAAAAUUUUGCAGAUUCUGAAGGAUUUGCAGCCUGGUGUGUCUUCUGCCGCAAAACCGGAUUCUCAAUCACCUUUCAUUCCCAAAAUGCCACAUGUUGAGAAUACAUCUGUCAGGAACAUUCACAGUGCAGCUGGGGUUGGUGGAAAGGAUGGCAAAGAAGCACCACAGCUAAGGUUGGCAGAGUUGAAGAACAGCAGUUUGGUUUCUUCAUAUGACCAGAACGUAUCUGCUGCUGCUUUCAACCAACUGAAUGUUGCGGCCUUUUCAAAGUGGAAUGCAGCUGGAAAACUGGAGACCCAGCAAAACCACACGGCGCAGUCAGUUCCCCAACAUGAAACCAGAUAUGCUACAUCCAGUGGUGAAAAUAAAAUUCAAGGGCAAGGAUCAAAUAUUGCAGACUCAACGAUGAAUCUGCAAGUGCUACAGAAAACCAAUAUUCAGAAAAUUUUGCAGAUUCUGAAGGAUUUGCAGCCUGGUGUGUCUUCUGCCGCAAAACCGGAUUCUCAAUCACCUUACAUUCCCAAAAUGCCACAAGUCUUCGAUGUCGUUCUACCUUCAACAGUUGUACCCAAGAACUCUGCAUCUGUCGUUUCUCAGUCUCAGCCAGUCAUUAAAGCAAAUAACAAUGCUCAGGUGCCAUCUUCUAAACCUCCACCUCCACCUCCGGCCAAGACUGCGUCCUCUAAGGAUCUGCCAUCCCUUGGUGUGAGGCGUGAUUAUGCAGCAAUUAUGCCAGGAAGAUUUCCGCACAUCUGCUCUUUAUGUAACAAAGAAUGCCCUCAACUAAAGGAUUGGGUUACCCACCAGACAAGCAACCAACACCAUGCGAACUGCAACCGCCUUCGCAACCAAUACCCUCAUUGGGAUGAGGAAGUGCAAAGGGAUGCAAUUAAAAGUUCUAGGACUUUAACCCGAGCCUCCCUACAUUAUCGUUCCCGCUCAAACAGCGGCACUUGUUCCAGCUCAGGAGAUGGACGCGACAAAUCCAUCAGCCGUUCACGUUCCCGCUCAUACAGUCCACGUCAUCGGAGGAGCUCAAGAGAUGGAAAGCACAAAUACAGCAGUAGAUCAGGACAUAGCAAAAACAGAUCCAGUACUGGCUCCAGUUCCCGUUCGUACAGCCCCAUCCACCAUGGCUCAAGAGAUAGAAAAAACCACUCCAACGGUAGUUACUCCCAACACAGGCUGCAAUACCGCACCUCAAGGUCUAGGUCUCGCUCUUGCUCCCCACGUUAUAAUCGUUCUGGUUAUCGAUCACGUUCAAGAAGCUAUGAGAAACGGUCCUCACCAAAGAGAAUGAAUAAGGGAUCAAUUUCACCAAGAAGGAACCAUGAACGACAGUUGUCUCAAGGAAGAAGUUGUGAGCGAAGAUCGUCACCAAGAAAUGAUCCGAAAGAGGGGUCAAAGAGAUUCCUUGAGCGCCAGUCAAGGUGGUCCCCAACAAGCAAUGGUGAGCAACUCUCACCCAGAAGAAGUGGCAACAGAAGACGGUCACCAGUGAUGAGCCAUGACCAACACUCCUCUAGGUCUAAUGACAGGCUGUGGUCACCACAAAGAAGGACAGAUGUUAGUACUUAUGACAAGCACCGGUCUCCUCCAAGACGGUCCGACGGCAAGCACCGGUCUCCGCCAAGACGGUCCGACGACAAGCACCGGUCUCCGCCAAGACGGUCCGACGACAAGCACCGGUCUUCGCCAAGACGGUGCGACGACAAGCACCGGUCUCCGCCAAGACGGUCCGACGACAAAUAUUGGUCACCACCAACGUACCAUGAUCGACAUUCAUCCCCAAGAAGGAAUGAUGAUAAAAGAUGGUCACCAACAAGAAAACGUGAAUCAUUCCUUGAAAGAGAGGAGCAACAAUUCCUGUCAAAGCAGAGUGAUGAGGAAGCGUCAUGUCUAAGGAGAAACCGCAAGAGACAUGCGUCUCCAGAAGGAGAGCCAUCCUGUCAGAAUAAGAAGUCCAGCAGUGUACGGGUCCUGACGAAGCGGCUGCUGGAAAAUUCAGCUAUCGAGUCUGCCUCAGGACAGUCCAACAUCAAAGACGUCAUAGAUUUAAUGGUUCCUGUUUUACUGGCUGAACUUGCAAAGAAUCAGGAUUGCUCACAGUCAUCAUUAGGAUUACCCUCACAGGACAAAAGGAGAAAGGUCUUAACACAUUCAUCAAGUGGAAGACGGUUAUCACCAUCUUCCACAAAAACAUUGUCCAAACUCGAGCAGAAACAUGCAAGAUCUUCUAAAAAGACCAAGGACAAGAGGGCCCUCUCCAUCACCUCACAACAUAGAAGAAAACAUCAUAAACUAAGAUCUGGGGAUACCAAGGAACUGGGUUCAUCUGAGAGCUUGGACCAUCUUCCAAUAAAAACGCUUUUGUCUUUGCAUCAUAAACUUGUGAAAAAAGCAAAACGUUUAUCUUCCAAAGGAACACACGUCUCCAAAUCCAAAACUUACUCGCAAAAAACACAGGCUUUGAAGUCAGUUGUAUCAGUAAAAGAGCCGUUGAAAGAAUUAGUUUCCUUGAGGUUCAGAAGUCUGGAAACAAGCCCUGAUUUUGGCCUCUCAAAUCGAAGAAGUGGACCUAUAGUUUUCAGAAAAGAUCAAGAUUGUGAAGCUGCUGUUAAAGAAAAGACUAAAGUUAAAGGGAUAAGGAGGAUUAUUAUUCCUGAAUCAAAUGAAGAAAAGAAAACAAUCACCAAAAUAAAGCUUGAUUCUUCCAAAACAUUUGCAAGUAAACCUCUGGAUAAAACUGCUGAAUGUGCCGGAGUAGCUAAACGAAUAAAAGUUGAAGAUUCUUUGGGAAAUAAACAACAAACUUCAAAUGCUUCACAUCUUCAACUGGUUGGUAAAAUGGUGACCGCACCAAAUCCACUUCAUGCUCAGGAGACAAUCAUCAAAACUCAAGAAACCUCAAGCAAAACUUUGCCAAUAGUCCAACAAAAAAUGGAUCCAGAAUCGAAGAAGUCCAAAAUCCUUGGAAAGAGUCCUGAUUCAGGUGACACAAGAGACAACGCAGGAGCUAAUGUUUUCAAAAAAGGCAGAGAAACUCGAGUUGCAGUGAAAGACACAAGCAAGGUUGGAAAAAUAUUAAAGAAGACUGUUGCUGAAUCAAAGAAAAUGGUCACAAAAGUAAAAGUUAAGGCUUCAAAAACCUCUUCAGAUACACUUCUAUGUAAAACUACUAAAUGUUCUGGAGUCGCUAAGCUAACAAAAGUUGAAGAUUCUCUCAGAGAUGAACGGAAAACUUCAAAUGUUUUGGAUCCAGAACUGAAAAAGACUAAGCCGCUGAUUGGUAAAGUGGUGACCAGAACACAUCCACUUCAGGCUCAGGAGACGAUCUUCAAAACUCAAGAAACCUCGGACAAAACUUUGCCAAAAGUCCAACCAAGAAUGGAUCCAGAUUCCAAGAAGUCCAAAAGCCUCGGAAAGAAACAUGAUUCAGGAGGCAGAAGAAACAAACCAGCAACUAAAGUUUUUAAAAAAGGCAAAGACUCUCAAGUUGCAGUUAAAGAAAGAACCAAGAUUGGAAAAAUGCUAAAGAAGACUGUUGCUAAAGCAAUGAAAGGGAAAAAAAUGGUUGCAAAAGUGAAGGUCAAGGCUCCAAAUAUAUCUACAAAUAAAGAGCUGGAUGAAACCACUAGAUGUCUCUCAGGAGGUAAAGUGGGAAAACUUUCAGGAACGGCCUUUGGAAACUUUAGUAAAUGUGAUCAAGCGAACGUCAAAGUAUCUGAACCCUCCCUUUCUGUGUCAGUCAUUACAUCCACAAUGCCAAUGGUGGAAAACAGUCCAGGUGAUUGUCAGAUUUCAAAACCUGAGAUUUCUAAAGCAAAGACCUUACAAUUUAACACCAAUAAAAGUCAGUUACAAAUCAGCCAAGAAGAAGAAGAAACUUCAUCAGAGGACAUAAACGUGUCAUCCAAGCGGACGAUGUCAGAAGAUAUCUCUGCGGUUUGUCAAACUCCAAAAACAGACAAUUCUGACAAAUCUGCCUUCAUCUUAAAAGACACUGCUUGCCUUGUGAAGGCAAAUGUUUCAACAACUGAAAUAAGCAAACAAACAGACGUUAUUGCAGAUGAUAAUGCGAUGAAAAGAAAAAAUUAUUUUCUGGAGACCAAAGAAGAUGAAGUGACCGCUAGAAAUGCCUCCCCAGCUAAACCUGAACAUCCUCAACCAGGCAGUGAAGUUAUCACCAGUCCAGAUAAACCUGCUGAUCCAAAGCCGAGUCAACAGACAACAAUAACAACUCAAGAAACUGCAGACCUGGCAGUGCUAAACCUGAAGACCAAUGGCAAACGGCUGGAGCCUCAACCGCAGUCUGCAGGAAGCUCUGCUGAGACGCCUUUGGAUGCAUUGCAAAAAACUGAAGGGGACGACAAAAAUAAUCAAAAAGUUGAUGUUCUGGCCCAGAAGAACCCGGCCGCCUGUUUUCCAAACGCAGCAGCUGCUGCUCCGAACCGCGUUGAGUCCUCUGUGACGGUUGGCGAGAGGAUUGGAUGUUACCUGAAGCUACACAAUUUCAAGUGUGUUCCUGCAGGAAUCAUCCUGUCGUCCAAACCUUAUGCUCUCAACUCAACACUACUGUGGAUAGCAAACCUUCCUGUGGAUUAUGGCGGCUCCUACACUGAGGAGGAAGUUGUAAACGUGCUCUGUAAAUUUGAAUUUCAAUACGCACACGACAACAUCUACGUUAUCCCUCAGACAGGCAUGGCUUUUGUGCUCAUGCCAAAUGUGCGGUCAGUGGUUGGCCUCGUCUACGCGGCAGUGCACGGCCAUCUUACUUUCAGAUCGAAGAAGCUCUUCUUCCAGAUCGUGGAAUCAAACAUGUUAAUGACACCACUUGGGUUUUAUAAAUCUCUCAUCGGAAUAACGCCUCUCAACAUGAGAGACGAUGGAACCAGUAUAAUCUACAUCCAGAACAUUUCACCAAGCGACAUCACGGAUCUCAGGAAAGCUUUGAGAAAAAUCGGUCAUGUGAGAAACUUCCUGCCUCUGCUUAACAAGGUUUUUGUUGAAUUCGAGACGGUUUACGAUGCAGAUCGCCUCGGCGUUUGGUGCAGCCUGAUGAGACUGGGUUUCGUCCACACAGUCAACAGGCUGAAAAUACCAAGAAGCCUCAAGAAAUCACAGCUACCAAAGCUGCCACUGAAAGCUCUGCCAGACAGUGAGAAGAUCUUACCUGAUGCAGGAAUCCCAGAUAUGAAAUCUGGCGUUCCUCAGGGCACCACGGCGCCGUGUUGGGUCACCAUGAUGACCCCGCCCUACGUCUUCCCAACUGUGUGUCCCUGGUUUAACAUCCCCAGUUUUCUGACGGUCCAAGGAGAAGAGGACAUUUUGACGACUCCCCACCCAGGCUCUGAGUUCUUCACUGUCAUGCUGACGGGUUUACCAGAAGGAAAAUACAAACAUGAGGAUGUAGCGAAGCUGGUGUGGCGUUAUUUCCCCAAACAGAACCUGCAGACUCUCUACUACAACAUCUUAGUGCUACCGCUGCAGAGAAGGGCCUUUGUGUUCUUCUGCGACUGGGAGGCAUGCUGCAGUUUCGUCUCAGAUUGUGCGAAAAAGCCGGUUUCUGUCAGGAACUGCACUCUCAGCGUCCACUUGGUGCUGGAGGACAUGUAUCCUGGAUCCACUGAGGAAACGAUGUACAGGACUUUGAUGAAAUGGACGAGUGGUUACGUUCCAAAGCUUUUCUCCCUGGAGAAGCGUCUGGUCAGCGUGGAGAUCUAUGAAGUGAAUAUGAAUCUCAUCGAGAGCAUCAUUAAGGAAGUCGCUGCCAUCGGCAGUUUUAUCAGCUUCGUGCCGCUCAACAACAGGAUUUGCAUCGAAAUGGUUUCUCCCAGUUGUGCUACGAAGGUGCUGCAGGAGAUGCCCUUGAGGAAAGUUUUGGCUACGUAUCCCUGGGGAAAGAUUGGACGUGUUGAGUGUGUGAAGGAUCUAAAGCAGCGUCUGGAAGAGGCCAGUGAGAUCAAGAUAAACCUCGAGGCGGAGACGUCAGCAGUCGGUGGUCAGCCUUCGACCUUGAAAACUCUGGUGGAUUUUCCAAUCUCUGAGCCGCGAGGCGAUGAUGUUGCAGGAGUUAAUUCUGCCGCACCGCCGACUUUAAUCGAAUCAACGGUUUCUAAACCCGAUUCAAAGCUGGAGGUAAAAGUAUCUGAACCUCCUGAUGUCGUCCUGGACUCCAAAGCUGAAGCAAAUUCAAGAGAAGAAGAAUGUCAACCCUGCAGGGAGACUUCAUCUGCAGCAGAUAACUCUGUCGACUGGGCACAGUCAGGGAGGAAGCGUCGGCGGCGUAGAGAGAGAAAGCAGAAGCGGGGCUGCAGGGCCGGCGUGCUAAAUAGGCUACGGAGGCAACUACACAAACCACCGCUCCCCAGCCUGUUUCUCUCGAACGCCAGAUCCCCUGCAAACAAGAUGGAUGAACUGAGACUACAGGCUGCAUCUCACAGCGCAGUGAAGGACAGCUGUAGUCUUCUGAUCACGGAGACCUGGCUGCAUCCAGAUGUAGCGGACUCUGCCAUCGAGCUAGCAGGCUACACAGUAGAGCGCCAUGACAGAACGAAGGACUCCGAUCCCGAUGAGAAGAUCCUAACGGAUCCACCUUCUAACGGCGUCGGCGUCGUUCCAGACGAGUCCACUGAAACGUCACCAUCCAUCCAAACGGCGGCGGCGGCGGCGGCGGUGGCGCCCGAGGAAAUGGUCAAAGAACAACCAGCUGGCGUAGAUUCCUGCCUCACUGCCGGGGAGAGGAUAGGAAGUUUACUGCAGCCAGAAAAGAUUUGUUGUCUUGGUCAUAGCAUCAUCAUGUCCCCAAAACCUUUUUCCCUUCAGUCGAGGCUUUUGUUAGUAACCAACCUGCCACAGUAUCGGGACGGCUGCUACUCUGAGAGUGACAUCAGCAAUCUGCUGCGCAGAUUUGGGUUUCAAUACAAGGACAAAAACAUCUUUGUGGUUCCUCAGGCCUGCAUGGCGUUUGUCCUCAUGGAAAGUUACCAGAAAGCACAGGAAGUUUUCAUAGCUGCGAAAGAUUGUUUGGCUCUGAAUGGAUGUAAACUUUCUGUUGAGAUAAUCAGCAGCGGGGUCGUCAUGACAACGUUUGGAUUUUAUAAAUCUCUCAUGGAAAUGAUCGAUUUUCCGGUCACCGACGACGGAACCAGAACCGUUUACAUCCAGAACGUCUCACCAAGCGAAGCCCGGGAUCUCAGGGAAACUUUGAGGAAAAUGGGCUCUGUUAAAAACUACCUUCCUCUUCUCAACAAGGUGUUCAUCGAGUUUGAGUCUGCUGCUGAUGCUGAUCAAAUCGGAGUUUGGUACAGCCUCCAGACACGCUGUCCUGCUCAUAACGUCUCCAGGAUAAAAGUUCCCCAGACCAACGUCACAACAUCGACACCACACCUGGUAGCUACAGCAGCGCCAGAAAGCAAAGAUGUCGUCGCCGGGUCGAUCGUCCCACCAAUCAAUAUCAACAUCCCAGAGGGCAGCUGGGCACCAUUUUCAGUUGCCAUGACAACUGCUCCUUUCCUCUUCCCAACAGUGUCGCCUUGGUUCAUCAUUCCAAAAUUUAGGACGGUUGACGGAGAGGAGGACUUGUUGGCAUCCGUCUCUGUGGCCUCUAAGUUUUCUACCGUUAUGUUGACGGGUUUACCCGAAGGAAACUGCAAACACGAGGAUGUCGCCAAGCUGGUGUGGAAAUAUUUCACCAAGCAGAAUCUUCAGACUUUGUUCUACAACAUUGUGGUGCUGCCACUGCAAAAAAGGGCUUUUGUGUAUUUCAAUGACUGGAGAUCAUGCAACAACUUUGUUCAAGAUUUCCUCAAGAAGGGAAUUUCCUUUACAAGCCACCAGCUGCACAUCCACCUGGUCUUAGAGGAAAUGAAUCCUGGAUCCAGUGAGGACAUGAUGUACCAAAGGCUAAUGAAAUGGAGCAACGCUCAUGUUCCUGAACUCGAAUCUCUGGCUGAGCGGCUGGUGUGUGUGGCGCUCUCUGAAACCUCCCUAAACCUCAUCAUGGCGACUAUAAAAUUAGUAACAAGCAUCUCUCCAGUUGUUAGCUUCCUGCCGCUAGCCAACAGGUUGUGCAUCGAGAUGGCUGAAUCCAGAGGAGUAGAUCAGGUGGUGGAGAGGUUUGCAUGUUCGCCAGAAGACUGGAAUAGUCAAGUUCAAAGUGUUGGAUCUGUGAAGAGCCUAAAACUGCGUCUCAGAGACUCAGGCGAAACGAAAAUAGAUCUUGAACGCAACACUGAAGACAUCAAUGACAAGACUCCAGCCACAAAAAAUGAACCACAACCUCCUUCGUCUGAUACUCCCGUUAAAACAAAACCUCCCGUCCAAGAAGCCACACAUCUUCCAAACAAUGCUCCAUCUACAGAGCAAUUGCCUGCUAAAGGAUCUGGGACAAAGAUAGAAAUUGGUGCGACAGAAAAUGAAAAUGUGCAGUCCAAAGUUUCAGAAAAACAGUCUGACGUUUGUGGAAAAGUUCAAGAAUCUGCAGUGGUGCCUAGAAACAAAACUGAGACCGAGAAGAAGAAGCAACAAGCAAAAACUGUUGAGGCUAAAGAGGAUAAGAGUGAAAAUGCUGCUAAAUCCAAAGUUGGAAAGAUGGAAGAUGAAAAAUCUUCACCUGCUAAACCAACAAAGACUCUGAUAUCAACCCCCAUGGCUAAGACUCAGCCAUCUACACCUUUAAGUAACCCUCAUAAGAGCCCACAAACCAGCUUACAGACCUCCGUGAAGGCGCCAUCACAGCUCCAGAAAUGCAUAAACCCAAAACCAACGUCUUCUGCUGAAAACCCGAAGACCAAAACAAACAUUUCAGGAAACUCAGCUGCUGUGAAGAAUCCCGCAUCUAAAGUUUCAGCAGCCUCAGCUGAAAUUGUCCCAAACACAAAAUACUCGACAACGGCAACAAAAUCAGAGCCGCUUGCAGCAACGACGUCAACCGAAGCAUUUCCUUUGACCCCUGGAGAGAAGCUGCACCAUUUCCUGACACCAUUUAAACUCUGUCAGCUUGACAUAAACACCAUCUUGUCACCAAUGAUUUUCUCUCUCAGCAUCACCUUAGUUGUCACCAACCUGCCUAGAUGGUUCGGCGGCUCCUACACAGAAACCGAAAUCAUCAACGUUCUUCAGAAGUGUCGAGUUCAGUGUGACGAAAAUGAAAUCUUUAUUGUUCCCCAGUCGCAAAUGGCUUUUCUCAUCAUGCCGAGAGCGGCCGAGGUGCAGCAUUUGUUCAGAGUGACGCCGUGGAGGGAACUUUUCUUCAAAGGACGAAAACUUGGAUUUCAUGUUGUCACCUCCUCUGCACCAAUGACUUUGUUUCGGUUUUAUAGAUAUUUGAUGUCUUUUACCGAUUUUUCGACAUUUCAGAUGAAAUUGGGAACAAAAAACGUGCUUUACUUCCCCAACAUUUCAGCAAGUGAAGCCAGAGACCUGAGGGAAGCGCUGAGGAAAAUCAGCAGCUGUAUAAACUACCUGCCGCUGCUCAACAGGGUUUUUGUUCAUUGUGAAACUCUGGAGGAUGCCGAUCGACUCGAAGCUUGGUACAGCUACUGGAGAUGGAGCCGAUCCCACAACGUUCAGCAGACAGCUCUAAGCGCAUCAGCACAUGCUUUGCAAAUCUGGGAGAAUAUCUCGGUUGAAACCAGCGUCCCACAAACAGCAGGCGCCAUUCCAGAGGGAACCAAUGCGCCUUUUUGGAUGACCAUGACAAAAAGUCCUUAUGUAGUUCACACUGCAUCUCCUUUCUUCAAGGUCCCAGCUUUUCGGACAGUCAACAGAAAUACCUGUGCCAGGAUUUCUGAGCGAGAUUUGAAGUUUGCAGCCAUCAUGUUGACUGGUUUACCGAACAGAAGCUACACACACGAGGAAGUGGCUAUGCUCGUGUGGAGGCAUUUUCCCGAACAGAACCUUCACACGCUGUACAACAAUGUUGUGGUUUUACCACUGCAGAGGAGGGCUUUUGUGAUUUUCAGCAGCAGUUGUGCUUGCAUAGGAUUUCUUAGAGAUCGAAACAAGAAACGAGUUUACUUCAAAGGCUUCAUUCCAAACAUCCAUUUGCUGUUGGAGGAUCUCAGCCUUGGGUCCAGUGAGGAAUCCAUGUUCAGAUCUCUGAUGAAAUGGAGCAAUAUUCAUGUUCCAGACCUGACGUCUUUGGGGGAGCGGCUGCUUGUUGUGGAGGCUUCAGGGACAAACGAGCAUAUUACGAUGAUGGUUAUGAAAGAAGUAGCGAGCAUCGCUACUUUCGCUAGCUUCCUGCCGCUUGCCAACAGGAUUUACAUCGAGAUGGCCGAGUCCAUCGGAGUCAGAAAAGUGGUGGAAAAGUUGUCUGUUCGCAAAUUAUGUCAACAGCAUGAAGCUUGGAAUCUGGUUGGACGUGUUGAAAGUUUGUUGAGCCGAAAAGAGCGACUGAAGAACUGUGAAAAAAUUGCAGUGAACCUUGAACUCGGCACCAUGAGUGUCAAACCUGAGGCCACACCACUGAAGACAAUGGACAAGAGAUCUGCAACAUGCAAUCCUCUGCCAGACAGAAGUCUGACCACAUCUCUUAAAGGAACAGGAUUCCUUCAGGUUUCCAGUGGAAGCGGCAGCAGCUUUAAAAGUCCCUCUUCCUCCAAGCCAACCACCAAAGAAAUGAAGAUCUCGCAUUCAUCAUCUGCAACUAGAGAUAUCCCGAAAUCUAAUAAAGACUGCAAGAGCUCUGCCUCAUCAACUGGAUCCACAAAAAGUAGCUUGAUGUCUAGCGCCACGUCUUUGUCAGUAAAAACACAAAAAGACGCACCUGAGUAUAUGAAAUCUCAAACUAAUCAGUACUCUUCUGCAGGCGGCAGUAAAAUUUUUCCUUCCUCUUCGUCAAAGACUUUUAAGUCUUUAGGAUCUGUAAAUGAGAAAGAUCAGCAGAGCAAGAGAGAGGCUCCUCUCAGAGCACCACAAACAUCAUCCGCAUCCUCAAGUCAAAGCACCAGUUCACCUGCAACAUCUGCAGAAACUCCUCAGUUGGAUAAACAUGGAGCUGUACUUACUCCUGCUGCAGUAGCAAAGGCUAACCACAAGGUGUCAGCAGAAAGCGGCACUGCAAAGCAUCAGUUAAGCCCAAAAGUGGCAACAUCAAAUUUGAACCAAGGCUGUUUUAAAGCUGAAACACUCAAAGAGGGAACUGAAAGCAAAGAAAAACAGAAGAAAAUGGACAAUAAUAUGAGGAAUCAUGUGAAACAGGGAAAUGACCCUCUUGAUUCAAAACAUAUUGCUACCAAAGGGCCUUUGGUUGCAAUUAAAGAGGAAAAACCUCUGGGAAAAGAUGAGGAUUCAAAAGUAAAAUUGGACCAGAGCAUGAAAACGUCUAGUGGUGAAGAGGGAUAUACUUUACCAAUAAAACAGGAAAGUUCAGAUAAAAAGUAUGAGACAAAAAUAAAGGAAAGCAGUUCAGAAACUGGAGAGAAGACAGUUUGUAAGGACUCUGUUCCUGAUGAAUCUCCCAUACACACAUUUGUUAAGAAAACUGACAGAGGAGCCAAUCAAGAUGAAACAAAUCAAGACAAAUCAGCCACUGUUGUAAGAACAAUCAGUCAAUCAGGGAAAGAUGUUUAUGCUGAACAAAAAGAGAUUAGAAAGGAUGGCCUUGGAGUUUCUGCUCAAGAAGAAAAACCUUUUGUCAAAGACGAAGGUUUGGCAGUAAAACUAGACAAGAAAACCAGAGUGUCUGAAUCUGAAGAUGGACAAAAUUCUGCAAAAGAACAGAGUUUGGAUAAACAACCUGAGACACGAUCAAAGAUCAUCAGUGCAGAGACUGGAAAAAAGAUGAGGGAGAUGAUCUGUGAGGACUCUCUUCAAGAUAAAUCUGGUACAAAAAGAUCUGCCAGACUAGCCAAUCCUGAGCAAACCAAAGAAGACAAUGCAGCCACUAAUAAACCCACCAUUCCCACGAGAUUGACAAUAACUGAGAAAGACUCUUUGGAUGGAAGAAAAGAUAAUACUCCAAGAAAGAGAAACACUACUGCCAGAGUUUCACAACAACAAAAUGAAGAGAAAAGUGAAGAAAGGUCUGUCAAAAACACCCCACCAUCAACCUGUGAGCAGAAAUCGCGAGAUAUCUUGGACGUCGUUGACUUCAAUGCUUAUUCCUCUACCUCAGGUCAACGAACCCAUUCAUCUUUGGCAACUGCUAAGGCAUUGGCAGAAACUGAUCAGUUGGAGAAAAAAGAAGCAAAUCCAACGGAGGAUACAGUGGUAAAAUCUGAAUGCAAAGUGACUACAGAGAGAAAAUCUGCAAAAAUGGAUUCAGGUUUAGUGGUGGAUACAUCUGAAAAGAAGUUGGCCAGCAAAGCUGAAACCCCAAAUUAUACAACAAAUAAAGAUCUUUGGGUAUCAGAUACUGUUGGUAAUGAGGUUCAAACAUGUAGUCAGUCAGCAGCUGUUAACAAGCAAGAACAUCUGGUCAAAGAUGAAGGUUUGGCAGUAAAAUCAAGCCAGGGAACUAAAGCAUCUAAAUCUGAGGAUGGAGUAAAUUCAUCAAAAAAACAGGAGAGUUCACUGAAUCAAACUGAAUCACAAUCAAAAGACAUCAGUGCAGAAAUGCAGACAGAGGAAAUGGUUUAUAAGGACUCUGUUCAACAUAAAUCUGGUUUAAGAAGAUGUUUCAGACGAACUACCAGAUUAGCCAAUCAAGACAAAACAAAUGAAAACAAAGCAGCUAGAGGAGGAAAACUUACAGAGUCCGACUCUUUGGUUGAAAGAAAAGAAGAUAAGACUCCAACAAGGAGGAGGAGAACUCCUGCCAGAGAUCCUCAACAACAAAACGAAGAGAAAACUCACAAAGUGUCUAGUAAAAACGUCCUGUCGAUAACCUGCAACUCCAGAGAGACUCAAGAGGAGGAAAAAGAAGCUGCAACGCCCAGAAGAAGAGGUCGACCCAAGAAGAAAGUUAGACCGGUUCCAGAGAAAACUCUCGAAGUGUCUCCUAAAAACGUCCUGUCGAUGACCUGCAACUUCAGAGAGACUCAAGAGGAGGAAAAAGAAGCUGCAACGCCCAGAAGAAGAGGUCGACCCAAGAAGAAAGUCAGACCUGUUCCAGAGAAAACUCUCGAAGUGUCUCCUAAAAACGUCACGCCAAAGACCUGCAACUCCAGAGAGACUCAAGAGGAGGAAAAAGAAGCUGCAACGCCCAGAAGAAGAGGUCGACCCAAGAAGAAAGUCAGACCGGUUCCAGGUGAGUAA